GGGCCCCGCCCCCGCGCGGGGCACGCCGGGAACGGGGGAUUCCCCAGCGCGUGAGGCGCGGGAAGCACCGGAGGGGUGCCCCGGGGCCGCCCCUCCCCCACCAUGGCCGAGCAUCUGCAGCUCCUGGAGGGCGAAGGGUUCCUGGAUCUGUGGAACAUGCUGCCCAAUAACAUCGGUUCCAUGCCUGAGGAUCUGCUGGAAUGGGAGCUGAGCCCCCCGGAGCCCCCCGGGGUGGGGGAGGGGCGGGCGCUGCCCCCUCCCCCCGCCGAGCCCCCCCCGCCCCUCCCCUCGGCCGUGGUCCCGUCCACCGAGGAUUACGGGGGGGAGCACGACUUCCGGGUGGAGUUCCGGGAAACGGGCACGGCCAAGAGCGUCACCUGCACCUACUCCCCGGCGCUGAACAAGCUGUUCUGCCGCCUGGCCAAGCCGUGCCCGGUGCAGGUGCGCGUGGGGGUCCCGCCGCCCCCCGGGGCGCUGCUGCGCGCCCUGGCCGUGUACAAGAAAGCCGAGCACGUGGCCGAGGUGGUGCGGAGGUGCCCCCACCACGAGCGGGCCGGGGGCGACAGCGAGGGCAACGCCCCCGCCCAGCACCUGAUCCGGGUGGAGGGGAACCCCCAGGCUCGGUACCAGGACGAUGAAACCACCAAGAGACACAGCGUGGCCGUGCCCUACGAACCCCCCGAGGUGGGCUCGGAGUGCACCACGGUGCUGUACAACUUCAUGUGCAACAGCUCCUGCAUGGGGGGCAUGAACAGGAGACCCAUCCUCACCAUCCUCACCCUGGAGACGCCUGGGGGUCAGAUCCUGGGCCGGCGCUGUUUCGAGGUUCGGGUCUGCGCCUGCCCCGGGCGGGAUCGGCGCCACGAGGAGGAGACCCAGCGCAAAAGGGGCGGGGCCAAGGGCGGGGCCAAGAGAGCCCUGUCCCCCCCGGCCGAGGCCCCCGAGAGCUCCAAGAAGCGCGCGCAGGAGCCCGACGACGACAUCUUCCUGCUCAGGGUGCGGGGCCGCAAGCGCUACGAGAUGUUCUGCAAGGUCAACUACGCCCUGGAGCGAACCUACGACGGGGAGGCGGCCCCCCAAAAGUCCAAGGGGCGGCGCCCGCGGGGGGAGGGGCGGGUGCCCCGUGGGAAAAAGCUCCUCCUAAAGGCGGAGUCGGGCGAGUCCGAUUGACCACGCCCCCUUCACCUGCGGGCCCCGCCCCCUUCUCGGAAAGCCCCACCCCCUUCCCCACCCCACCCACCCACCCUCGCUUCCCAUUGGCCCUUUUAUCCUUGUUAACCCCACCCACUUUUCCUGCAUAGCGCCGCCCAUUUCACGCUUAGCCACGCCCACUUGUCAAUCACUGCUGUAGCCACACCCCCUACUCUUUAAACCACACCCCCUUUCCCCAUUAUAACCACCCUGCUUUAGCCACGCCCACGUGAUUUAUGCCCCGUCCUUAAGCCACGCCCCUAUGGAUUUUAUAAACCACGCCCCCAUCCUGCAUGACAUCAUGCCUGGCCCCGCCCCUUCGGGUUUUUAAGGUUUUUUUUUUUUAUAUACAAUAAAGGAAUUUUUGGUA